AUGGCUCAGCCUCCGAAGAGGAGCAACUUUGAGGGGCCAGAGCUGGGAGCCCAGCGCAAGGUGACAGCUGGGGUGUCGGAAGUGCAGAUUCUGUCCCUAAAGUUAGAGUCAGUGCAGAUGGAGCAGAGCAGGAGAUGGAGCUGCUGGGGGGAGCAGCUGAGCCCUCCAGGCCUGGCGCCAGGGCCCCAGUCCCUGACAGGGGUGGAGGAGCCUGGGGGGCUAGGUGGGGGCCUGUCCCGGCUGUCACCACCCAUGAUGGAUGAGGGGGCUACCUCCAUUGUCUCCUGGCCUGGGGAAAGAUCUGGGGCCCAGGAGAACACAGGGUCAUCAGGGCUGGAGGAAGACCUGGAGUUGGUUUUGCGGGAGGUGGGGGGGCAGAUUGCGACAGGAAAGGGGAAGGACAUCGAUGGCAGUGACAUGAGGCAAAGGCGUGGAGGCUUAGGAGGCUUGAAUGGCUAUCCAUCAGGCUACGGCCCCCGCAGUGGUCUAGGAGCAGGAUUUGAUACUGGGUGUGGGCUGGGAGCCCAGCCAGGCAUUGGAGGGGUCGUGAAACCACAGAAGUUGGGUGUCUCCCCAGGGUUUAGGAACAGGAAUGGGCUGGGAGUCGGGGCCUUCCCAGGUACUGCCACCCAGCCAGGAUAUGGAAAUGGGCUGGGAGCUGGUGCCUUCCCAGGGCCGGGAACCCAGGCAGGCCCUGCAGCUCAGAAUGGCCAGGGACCAGGAAUUGGAGGGAGCGUGAAACCUCAAAAGCCUGGACUCAGCAGUGGGAAUGGGCUGGGAGCUGAGCCUUCCCAGGAGUUGGAGCCCAGCCAGGACAGGGCAUUGGCCAUGGCCUGGGGGCCCAGCCAGUGCCUGCCUGAGUCCGGCCUUGGCUGCACACUGCAGACCGAGCCGGUCAACCCUGACCCGGCUGCAGACCCGCUGGGCCCAGUGCCUAAGCCGGGACCCCCAGUGUUUGGGACCGGGAAUGGAGCCCAGCUGGGCCUCGGAGGACUGAAACCUCAGAAGCCAGGCUUCGGAGCCAGUGUGAGACCCCAGAAGCCAGGAUUUGGGAAUAGCAACGGACUGGGAGCCCAGCCAGGGUCUGCGGUUCCCAUCGGCUACGGACCAGGCAUUGCUGAGGCCAUGAAGCCUCAGAAGCCAGUUUACAGGAAUGCGCUGGGAGUUGGAGCCUUCCCAGGUGAAGGGCCCCAGCCAGGCCUGGGAGGGGGCUUGAGCCCUCCGAAGCCAGGAUACAUGCCAGGGAAUGGGCUGCAGCUCCCUCCAGGUCUGGGAGGGGGUUUGAAACCUCAGAAGCCAGGAUAUGGCAAUGGCAAUGGGCUGGGGGCCCAGCCAGGGUACCGGCCUCCGAAUGGCUACAGACCAGGAGCAGAACUGGGCUUUGGUGGUGGCCUCAAGCCCCAGAAAGUCGCAAUUAUGUACUAUGCGCUGGACCACAGUGGUGGCCAGAGAUGGUGGGAUCCUGUCUCAGGGUUCCCUGGGGCUGAUGGCUUUCAGAAUGGUGAAUUGGACCCAGGGGACACCAUGCAGGGGGUGGGGGAAGGGAUGUCCGGGGCGGGGCAGGAGUCAGCUGGGUCUCUUGCAGGGUAUGAGGGGGCAGCAGUUGUGCGCCCCAAUGUGGCUGCUCCAGCCCCUGGAGGAAAUGGGCCCUAUGGGCAGCUGAGGCCAGAGCUGGGCCCUGGGCCCUUAGGGGGCCCUGAGGUGAAGCGAGGCAGCAAUGGCCUGAUGGGAAAUGGUCAUGGAACGCGGUGGCUCACGGCUCCGAUUGGCUGGGCCUCUCGCAGCGCGGCGCGUGGGCCCCUGCUGGAGAAACAAGGCCUCCACGGGCUGUGCGCGCGGGGCCCUGGCGCGGCGGUGGUGGCCAAGCUGGCGGCCCGGCUUCCUCGCUCUCGCUCGCAUCCGCGGCUGGCCCGCGCCCACUCGCGGUUAGGCCGGGCCCGUGCGUCUCUAUCCCUGACCCCACCGCCUGCUCCGUCCCUGCCGCACCCGCCGCUGCCCGGACUGCCGCCCGGCCUGAGCCCCGCGCCGCCGCCGCCUCCCUCGGCGCUCGCCCUGGCCGAGCUGCCGCCGCUGCCCGCGCUCCCGCUGCGUCCCGAGCCGCUGGCGCCCUGGGGCCCCGGCGCCCACGUGGCGCUGCCCGACCUGCCGCCGGAGGCCUGGGCUUCCGCGCCGCCCGCCGCCGCGCUCGCCCUGCAGGACCUGCCGCGCCUCCCCGCGCCCGCACCGCCGCCCGCGCACCUGCCGUUGCCGCCGCUGCCCGAGACCGCGGUCGCCGCCACGCCCGGGCCUGUGGGCGCGCGCGGCCGCCCGCCACUCAACGCCGAGCCGCCCCCGCAGCCGCUGCCGCCGCUACCCGCGCGGCCCUCGCCUUUCAACCUGCCGGCGCCGCCUGCGCCGCGCGACCCCUGGCCGCUGCCCGCCUUCCCCCCGCCGCUGCCACUGCCGCCCCCGCCUCCGCACUUUUUCCUGUCGCCGCCGUGCUGA